UACCUCGAUGUGAUCAGCUGGAACGUUUUACAGCAGGCAUACAGUGGUCCAGUCGAUUAGCGACGUAGACCGCGACGUGGCAUGGUCUCAUUUGCAAGCUUACUUAGUCGACGGUUCCCGAUUUCGUUAACUGUUUUUUUCGUAUUGGGAAUAGAAUUGUUUUUAGGAUACCUUCGCCUGCUGCUAGAUUAUAGCGUGUUUGUUCGGUGAUAUUCAGUACGAUACCCGAACAGGAACAGUAGUAAUGGCUGGAGGAGGAAGUGGAGCAGCUAAAAUAACCGCUGCAACGAAAAAACGUUUGAAUGCUCUGCGGGAAGUAUGCCCGGAAGCAAAAAACAAGAGUAACCAGGAAUUAGUGCAGCUAUUGGAAAAUUAUAAUGACCAGACUGAUAUGGUCGUCGAAGCACUCCGUACAGGAGAUGCGGAAGAUGUGAUUGGCGGUUGGGCUACUACGUCGAAAAAGGGCAAGGCGGGCAAGAAGAAGAAAGUCAGUGAGAGCGAUACGAAGGACAACCUUAGCGAAGCUAGCAGCAGCCGGCCACCAGCAGUCAUCCAGGAUAAAGAUGGCGUAAUGGGAAAAAGCAAGAGCAGCGUCACUGCGAAACUAAACGGAGAAAAUCCGUCCGUGGCAUCAAAAGCCAGUGUGCAAGCCCAUCCCAAACGUGAUAACGUACCGAAGAAAGAGAUUCAGGAGAUUGCACCUCCGAAACAGGCGAUCGUUCCCAAAGAGGUGCCGAUACCUGACAUCCAUGUUCAUGCCUCCUCCUUUAGUCGUCUUUUGACACAGUUAACGGAGAUGCACAUGGACGACAUAAAAAACCUGGAUUUUGCGUUUGAACAGAUCCGCCGGCUGGUAGAGCACCGCUAUGAAACGCUUCGUCGUAAUAUGGAGCGCAGCGAAGAUCAAGCUAGUCAAAUACUUUAUCACCGACACAACCAGAGUGGCGAACUGGUUGAUCGGGUAACUCAGGCGACAGCCCUGAGCCCAAAAGAAUACGCUGACUGGCAGCAAGAUUGCGGUUCAUUUACGAAGGAUUACAAAAAUGACGUUCAUCUAGCCACCGUUCCACGAUUUUCCUACUCCUUGGAAAGUUUACAGAGAGAAGUUAAUAAGUUCGGAGAUGUGGAAAUCUUUAUGCCGACAUAUACAUAUAAGCCAGCAACUUCGGUGCCGCGUCAUGUGGCGACCGAGAGUCACAAAACUGCGCCACCCUCUCAGUCAGCACCUAAACACGUUACAAGUGCUCCUGCUACCUCCCGCACGGAAGCUGUUAACCAACGCCCUACUCCGCCCGUGGCAACGCAUACUCAGGUGCGACCCGAAAGCCAAUCUUAUUCAGCGAUUCCGGAAAAGCGUCCCGAAGCCCAGCGAGUCACCAUCAUGCCAAAAGACGGUGGCAGUUUUGCGCCCAUGGAAUCACUGGUGAUUUCCGGUGGUAACCUGACCGCUGAGGAACUGGCAAGCUUGACGCAGAGUCUGCAGAAUUCACUCCAGCUGGGAGCUGCGGAUCACACUCGCAAUGGGGGUGCGAAGGUGAAUGGAGGAUUUGAAAGCACUGACUACUCGGAGCAGGAUAUUUUCAGCGGCGGUGCAGUGUGGACGAACAGUAAUGCUGGUCACUUUGGUGGUGGAGAUAACUGGAACACCGCAGCACCGGAUUUCCAGCCACCGGCUGGUUUCGUCGGGGAUGGAAGCAGUUUUGGACAUGGCCCGAGUAAUGGUUUCGCUGGGAAUGGUUAUCGCCAAGCGGGGCCACCCAACCGAGGGGGACCGGGUUAUCGUGGUCCGCGCCGAGGCGGACGGGGUCCAAUAGGUCGCGGUGGGCGUCCACCGCACCGCGGAAGUGGAAACCGUGGGGCAGGUAGCAAUCGGGGACAGUAGCAGACGGAGAAUGUGCAUAAGCUGUUCACCUCCUUUUUAUAUUUAUUUACACCUUCGCACUCUGCUACGGAUAUUCAUGGGGCACUCUUUUCGAAAAGCUCAUUAUUUCCGUCGUUAUAGCGUUAUUUGCUACGUUUGUUUUCGUUUCCGUCGAUUGUCUUGUUGUUAGGAUAACAACUAUUCAUAUCAAGUUAAUUUGCGAGUUGAAAAGAGAAUGCAUGAUUGCACGUACAUUUUUUGGUAUGAUAUGCUGUACUCCGGGUGCUGAAAUGUUUUAAACUCUGAAACGAUAGAAAAUAUCUUUUUGUUUACUUUUUCUGUUGUGCUGUUUUUAGCUUUUCUUCCUAUUUUUCGAUGUUUUUGCUACAUUUUUAAUGCGAAUUGUUUAUAUGGGUCGCAACAUAAAUAUUCUUCUGUAC